AUGAGGCGGCUAAGGCCCGGGGAGUGCUGCGCGGGGCUGGACGCGAACGGCGGAGAGACGGGCAACCAGUGCUGCGGGAAGCGGUGCUGCGGGAAGGGCUUUCAAUGCUGCAAGGACGCGAACGGCAUCCCGCUGGACCAGUGCUGCCCCGAGGGCACCCAGUGCUGCGGGUCCACCUGCUGCAAGCCCGGGUACGAGUGCUGCGGCGACGGGCAGUGCUGCCCUAUUCAGAAGGCCGCUUGCUGGAACAACACGUGCUGUGACGUGACGCUGAAGCCGCUGCGGUGCGCCAUUAAGGGCACGGAUGAUCAAGGGCAGACGGUGGAGCUGCAGGGGGCUUGCUGCCCUGCUGCGACUUCCACUGGCGCGGCGACGGGCAACCAGUGCUGCGGGCGCAAGUGCUGCCUCAAGAGCGACACGUGCUGCACAGACAGGGAGGGCACCCCCACGGAGACCUGCUGCCCCGAGGGCAGCCAGUGCUGCCAGGACGGCAAGACGUGCUGCAAGAAGGGCACCGUGUGCUGCGGCGACGGCAAGUGCUGCCCGGCUGAGACGUUCUGCUGCAAGCCCACCAUCGACGUGGCUGGCAACGCCAAGGAGUUUGCCAUCGCCAUGCUGGGUCGGUCCGUGGGCAUGCUGGCGAGGAAGCCCAAGCAGGAUGUGGCGGGCGUGCAGUGCUGCAAGGUGGGCGACAGCUGCUGCGCUGAGGGCACGUGCUGCCCCAAGGGGACCCAGUGCUGCGGUGGAGGCAAGUGCUGCCCGCUGGACGGCGACUGCUGCGGUGCCACGUGCUGCAAGCCGGGGUUCCAGUGCUGCGGGCCCAACAAGUGCUGCGAGAGGAAGCUCAAGCCACAGUGCUGCGGUAAUUCCUCCCUCACCACCACGGGGACGCCGCCGGCUAUUGACUGCUGCCCCAUGCUGAACGUUGAUGGGAAAGAGACGGGCAAUGAGUGCUGCGGGUCGGCGUGCUGCAUGGGCGGCACCAGGUGCUGCGGCGGGCGGACCUGCUGCGACCUCGCGUCCAAGUCUCUCUGCUGCAGCAUCCAGGGGACGACCCUGGGCGGCACGUGCUGUCCGCAAGUGAACCCCACGACGGGUGUCCCCACGGGGCUGACGUGCUGCGGCGCGCAGUGCUGCAAGGCCGGGCAGGAGUGCUGCGGGAACAAGUGCUGCCCGCCGGAUACCAAGUGCUGCGGCGACCAGUGCUGCCCCAAGGAGCGCAACCACUGCUGCGGCUCCACCUGCUGCAACCCCCUCACCAAGCCCAAGUGCUGCGGUGCUGCGUCGGCGGAUGGGACUGUGGGCGCCAUGGAGUGCUGCCCGAGUGUGGACCUGCUGGGGCGGGAGCUGGGCACAAUCUGCUGCGGCAAGCAGUGCUGCAUGCCCCCGGGCAAUGGCGUCCCGGCACAGUGCUGCAAGAGCGAUGCUGGCGAGGAGAUCUGCUGUGAUGCUACCACGGGGCAGUAG